GCAGUGAACUGAGGUCUUGCCACUGUCCUCCAGCAUUCCAGCCUAGGCAACAGAGUGAGACUCCAUCUCAAAAAAAGAAAAAGAAAAAUACCAAUACCUGGAUCUGACCGCAGGUCUCACGCUACAAGCCUCCUGUAUUUCCAUCUCUGGUCAUUUGCUUCCAUACAAAUUCUCUCAUUUCAUCCUCAAAACUCCUAAUGAGGUAGUGGCAGUCAUCAGACCCACUUUACAGAUGAGAAUAUCAAGGAACAAAACUAUCUAGGUGACUUGUCCAAGGGUAAGGGCAAGAACCUAGAACACCCAGCUCCUGGUCCGGUACUCUUUUAACCUUAUUCUAUUGUCAUACUCAGGUUCUAGAAUGAACAGGUCAAUGCUGUAAGGUGGGUUCCAAGUGUAACAGGGAGGGUCUAUGAGGUGAUAUUCUAGAAGGGUGAAGAAGGGAGUACAGGAGGCAGAUCACUAUUCCCUCACAAACAGGGGCUUUGGGGCAGCCAUGUCCUACUUCAGGACUCCACAAACUCAUCCAGGUCCUCUGUCUUCUGGCCAAGGUGGGGCUGCUUCUCCAGGCUUGUCCCUUGGCCUCUGUAGUCCUGUAGAGCCAGCAGUGGUGGCCUCUGGUGGAACAGGCCCAGCGAGCCAGAAAACCGAGCAGGUGGCACCUACUGCCCAGGCCUGGGGCCCAGCCUUGGCAAUGCCACAAGCCAGGGGCUGCCCUGGGGGGAUUAGCUGGGAGACACUACGGAGGAAGGAAUACAGCCAAUACUGCCACAAAUUCCCGCACACGAGACAACUGGAGAGCUUGGGCUGGGAGAAUGGCUACUCCAGAAGCAGAGCCCCCGACCUGGGUGGCCCCAGCAGGCCUGGGCCCCUGCUGCUGUGUGGGUUGUCACCAGGGGUUCUGCCAGUACCCUCUGAGGCAAUGGGGAAGGAGGCCAGCUCCCAGCCUGACAUCUGCAUCCUCACCCUUGCUAUGAUGAUCGCCGGCAUCCCCACCGUGCCUGUCCCAGGCGUGCGGGAAGAGGACCUGAUUUGGGCCGCUCAAGCUUUCAUGAUGGCCCACCCAGAGCCAGAGGGUGCUGGGGAGGGGGGGCAGUGGGAGCAGGUGCAUGCCCACACAGCCUCUGGGAAGGUACCCCUAUUGAGAUCCAAGAGGGGCCAGCCUCCUGGCUCCUGCUUGUAGCUGGAUGAAAUAGCACCAGAUAUGUA